AUGGCCGCAGACCUCGCCAACCGCAUCGACAAACUAAAUCCCUUCAAAAGCAAACGCGCAGAAGAUGAAGAAUACGGUGAAGAAAUCGACAACAACACCGUCGCAGGCAGCGGCCACGGAGGUCGACACAUCGUCACUGACCUUAGAGUCAGCAGCGCCCUGAGAGAAUUCAUCGUCAAUGAGAAAAUCCUCUCCAAGAAAGAAGCAGGCGUUAAAUCAGACGAUGCGUCGCGCGCGCUGCUGGAGCUCGUCAGCAAACCGCACAUUGUCGUGCCGCCUGAGCUGAUGGAUAGAUCGCAUCCUUUGCCCGAGUAUUUUAUUAGUUCCAGUCAUAAUACGUAUCUUAUGGCGCAUCAGCUUUAUGGAUCUUCCAGCGCGACGGCUUAUGAGACUGCUAUCAGAACUGGAGCGAGAUGUGUGGAGAUUGAUGCGUGGGAUAAUAGCGAUGAUAAGGAUGAGCCCAAGGUUACGCAUGGAUAUACCUUGGUGUCCAACAUUUCUUUCCGCGCGGUGUGCGAAACCAUCAGAGACUCAGCUGAUCAGGAAGAGCUUGACUCGAGAAAGUAUGGUUUCCGACCUUCGCCUAUUCUGCUGUCUCUGGAGAACCACUGCGAUGCAUACGGCCAAAUGCGCCUUGUCAAUAUUAUGCAGGAGGUCUUUGCCCAUCGUCUUGUGAGCAAGGAAGUGCGAGAUAUCGGCCACAGGGAAGAAGCUGGAACAGGAGAUCAUGUGCUUCUGGAGCAACUUGGUGCUAAAAUCGCUGUCAUCGUCGAGUACCAUUUCCCAGGCGAACCGGCAGACAGCGACACCAACUCAGAUGACUCGUCAGACGAAGAGGAAGAGAAAGCCGCGCGGAAGGAGUACAAGGAAAAGAAGGAGGAGGAAGAGCCCUCGAUCAUCAUCCCUGAACUUGCUGAGCUAGGCGUCUACGCGCAAUCAGUCAAACCAGCCGACAACUCAUGGUACGAAGAAGGCACUCUCUCCAACGGACCCCAUCACCACCUCAUCAACGUCUCCGAGUCAGGUCUAGGGAAACAUCUCCCCGACCACGCAGCAGCCAUCUCCCGCCACAACGCCCAGCAUCUCAUGCGCGUCUUUCCCAAGGGUACACGAAUCUCAUCUACAAAUCUGAAGCCCGUUCCUUAUUGGGGAAUCGGAGCUCAGAUCUGCGCUCUCAACCUACAGAGAUUCGGAGCUAGCAACCAACUCAACGAAGCUCUCUUCAGCGGCUCAGACGGCUACAUUCUCAAGCCCGCCGCUCUUCGACCCGGUGGAAAUGGGAAGCUGAGUACAGGUCGAAGCAAGCGUCUUCGUCUCCGCGUCGCAGGCGCAACAGAUAUCCCCGUCGACGACGAAUCCCAGGGCGAGUCCAUAAAGCCGUACCUGACAUGCACACUCUACCACCCCGACAAUCUAAAAGAUGACCCACCGAAGCGCAAGACCAAUCCGUACAAGCAGCACAAGCUCGAGUUUCUGCACCGAGGACCAAACCCACCGCCCACAGAGCCGCUUUGGGACGAGACUCUGACGUGGGAGUACGAAGAUAACGAGUUGGUGUUUUUGAGGAUGCUUAUCAAGAGUGAUGAUAGUUGGUCGCGGAACCCCAUGUUUGCGGUUGCUGCUGUGCGAUUGCUGUAUGUGCAGCCUGGAUGGAGGUUUAUUCGAAUGAUGGAUUUGAAGGGUCAUGAGACGCAGUGCUCGAUCCUUGUGAACUUUGAGAUCAUUGAUGCUUAG